CAGUAUAAUCAGCAGAGGUGGUGAGUGUAGCGCUAUAGACGCGCGUGAGGACCAAACACACAGCGGAACGACACAGAUGCUCUCUAGCGCCACCUUCAAGUCAUCAUGACAAGAGACCUGUCAGUCCUGCUGCUGCUCCUAACACUGCUGGACACACAGCUGUGUCUCUGUGAGGACGGGCUCGUCAUGGCGAUGAUGAGCGAUAUCCCAGAAUCCUCUCUUGAUCUGAAAGUGACGCGCGAGCAGAUCCUCUCGGCACAGUUUGAGUGUUACCUGAAGAUCAUGUACGAGCCGCAGCGCAGCGACCCGGGCCCAUACUGUAACCGCACGUGGGACGGGUGGCUCUGCUGGGGAGACUCCGCCCCCGGAACGGCAGUUCAGCUAUGCCCCGCCUACUUCCAGGACUUUGAUCCAACCGAGAAAGUGACCAAAGUGUGCGCCUCAGACGGCCGCUGGUUUCGUCACCCGGAGAGCAACCGUCUGUGGUCCAAUUACACGCAGUGCUCCGCUUACACCAAGCACAAACUCGAGCUCACGUUAGUCAAUUACUAUCUGGCGAUGGUGGGGCAUGUCCUGUCCAUCAUCUCGCUGCUCAUCUCCAUCUGCAUCUUUUCAUACUUCAAGUGUUUGAGCUGCCAGCGGAUCACGCUUCAUAAAAACAUGUUCACCUCCUUCAUCCUGAACUCGUUCGCCACCAUCGGCUGGUUCUACUUCGUCGUCGGAGAUCAGCGGACCAGAACAGACUCGUCUCAGAUCGGCUGUAAGCUGCUGGCUAGCAUCAUGCAGUACACCUCCUGCUCCAGCUACUUCUGGAUGCUGUGUGAGGGGAUCUACCUGCACACGCUCAUCAUCGUGGCCGUGUUCGUGGGAGAGCAGCAGCUGGGCUGGUAUUACGUCCUCGGCUGGGCGUUGAGGGUGAACCUGUUUUUCCUGCUGAACAUUGUGCGGGUGUUGAUCACCAAACUGCGGGUCACUCACCGCUCCGAGACCAAUGUCUACAUGAAGGCGGUUCGCGCCACCAUCAUCCUGGUUCCUCUGCUGGGCGCUCAGUUCAUCCUGAUGCCGCUGGAGCCCAGCGGACGCGUCUCUCUAGCCGUCUACGACCUCUUGAUGAACAUCUUUGUGCAUUUCCAGGGCCUCCUGGUGGCCGUAAUCUUCUGCUUCUAUAAUGGAGAGGUGCAGUCGGCACUGAGGCGUAAGUUUGCGCAGUAUCGCGGUCAGCGGAAGCGCUGGCCUCUGGUGACCACUGACUCUCACUGUAACUACCACACCAACUCGUCCAUCACCGAGACCAGCCGCGCCACCGUCAGCCUGGAGCACGACCCGGCCAACACGAGCGGCACCGCACACGCACUCGCACUCAACAGCCAGAGCAACGGCAAACGCUGCUCCAGCGACGGGCCCAAGAGCUGCGACGUCCUCGAGUCGACUGAAAUAUGAGCGUCUGUCUCAUUAUACGCACUAAUGCCACCAACGCUACAGUGCAUUCCCAGCUAACAAACGUGUGCUAAGAACGUUUUGCUAACGUUCCCUUUAAGUUAUGAAAACGUUAUUUCU